UUCGUUUGAUUUCCUCUUUUGCUUUCAGCAACAAAUGCAGAAGGAGAUCGGUCCCGCCAAUGGCGGCAUCAGAGCUGCCAUGUCGACUCCCAAUUUCUCUCAGAAUCAACGGCUCUCCGCAUCUCCUCAUAGAAACUCCGACGGUUGCGAUCUCACCAGUAUCUACUCCAUCGUACCUCCUCCCAAAGACUCUGUUCCCAACUCGAGCUCCAUUUCCAUAAGCCCAUCUUCAUGCUCCUGCGAUGAAGAGAACGCAAACGCGACGGAAAACCGCCUCUACCUAGCGACGCUCGCGUUACAAUACCACGAUUUAUACGAAAAGUACGGUGCGUGUCUCUCUCGUCUGCACGAAACCACGCAAGAGGUGGAGGCGCUUCGUCAGGAGAACACGAGGCUUCGGAUUGCGAACGGAGAUCUAAGCAAGCGGCUGAGCCUCUUGACGGGAAAACCGAGCUCGCUGCCGAGUCGAGUCGGCUCGCCCGGCUUUCAGCCGCUAUCAGUCGUGAAUGAUUUCCGGCGCCUUUGCGUGGGAGAUGGUGGACGCAACGGCCGGGCUUCGAGCGAGGUCCCGGAAACGAGUCCGACGAGCGUGCUUGGUUACGGGGAGAAUCGUUUCGAGAAGAAGAGCACGGAACGGGUUACACUGCCGAAGAGCAUCUCGGUACGGUCGAGCGGAUUUCUGAAGGUGAGUCCACCAAGUGGGAGUAACGCGAGUUCUAGUCGCGCCAACCGAUUCCGCCCCACAAGUCCGCUAACUGUCGGAUCGCAACGCGUAUACGUUCCUGGAGAGAAGAACGACGAGGCAGCGCUGGAGUUCGAGGUUUAUAACCAAGGCAUGUUCAAGACGGAGCUCUGCAACAAGUGGCAGGAGAGCGGGACGUGUCCGUACGGAGACCACUGCCAGUUCGCCCAUGGCAUCGGAGAGCUCCGACCGGUCAUCCGCCAUCCGCGCUACAAGACUGAGGUCUGCCGGAUGGUCCUCGCUGGCGACACGUGCCCCUACGGCCACCGCUGCCACUUCCGCCAUGCCCUCACGGAGCAGGAGAGGUUCGUGGGCCCCGCUUGAGCGCCAUUUAAAAAAAAGAAAAAAGAAAA